AGAGAAGAAAUAUGGAACCAAAGACACAGUAACCACAAAAAUGUAACUGUUUUGCAGAAGAAGUGGAUUGAAGGCUCUACAACAGUUGGCAAAGAUGUUAAAACUGUGAAAGCCAAAUGGAAAUAUCUCAGAGAUUACUUCCAUCGAGAGUGCAAAAAACUGAAUCAUCCGAGAUCUGGAGCAGGAGCCGAUGAUGCACCGAAGGGGUCAUCGUGGCAAUAUUUUGACGCGAUGCUCUUCAUUAAAGAUGUUUCGACUUCUGACAAAGUCGAAUCAAGUCUACAAGAAGGACCCGAACCUGACGGAAGCCAGGAAGGAAUAUCCGAAGACUCAACUGGACAGGAAAUAAUACCGUUACCACAGAGUGAAGACUCUAUGCCACGAAGCAACUCAUCUUGUUCGUCUUCACGUGUUAAAAGGCAAAAGAAAACACAAGAGGAUGAAUUGCUGAGUGUUGAAAAAAUGAAAUUGGACUUGUUGGUGAAAGAAGCGGAACGGGAAGAAGAUGAUGAUCUCCUCUUUUUUAAAAGUUUGUUGCCGGACAUGAAAACCCUGCCUCCCUGGCGAAAACGUCGUUUGAGACUGAAAAUACAUGAACUCGUUGUUGGGGAGAUUGAAGAUAACGAACGACAGAAUACACCAGUUGAAAUGAGUUUCGUGGUACCACCUCAAGCAUCUAACCAGCCAACAUUUUCAUUAUUUACUCAUCAAGAUUCAUUGCCUUAAAGUAGUAUGGUUUCCGUGUUAUUUUGCUACCAGUGUUAAGUGCAUUGCAUUGUUAUUGCAUUGCUUGUAUCACCAUUAAUAAUUAAUUAUUACCCUUAUUAUUACGUCAUUUUUUGUAUGAAAUCUACGCUGUGAUUCCAUUUUUAAUUAUUAUUUGUAUACUAACCUCACUGUGAGCCGUGCUAAGCCUUAGCCCGCUCACGAUGAGGUCAUCAUCCUUCCUGUGACGGAUUCCAUCCCCACCAUGCGGUACCCUGACGUCAGUCACGUGGUCCCAUGUACCCUCUUGUGAAAGGGAGAACGCUUGCGACGCGCGUAUUAAAUUUUGGUUUGGGGUUUUAUUUUGUCUCAGAAUUUAGACUUGCAUCUGUAUGGCCUGAUAUUUCUAGCAUCGACACAAGGGGUGCCGACGCGAACUUGGUUGUCUGUUCUUUUUUUUUUGGU